GGCGGAGGCGGAGGAGCUCGGCAUUCACUGGCCGCGCUCGCUGCCCAGCAGAAGUCACAGCGGCUAUCAGCUCCAGGCCGGGGCCAUGGGCGCCCUGCGCCACCCGGGUCAUGAGGACGGAGGCAGAGGCAGCGGGGCAGCCGCUCGAGCCGGGGGACUUUGUGCAGCUGCCUGUGCCCAUCAUCCAGCAGCUCUACCACUGGGACUGUGGCCUGGCCUGCUCCAGGAUGGUGCUCCGGUACCUGGGCCAGCUAGACGAUGGGGAAUUUGAAAAUGCCCUCCAGGAGCUGCAACUGACCAGGAGCAUCUGGACCAUCGACCUGGCCUACCUGAUGCGCCACUUUGGUGUGAGACACCGCUUCUGUACCCAGACUCUGGGUGUUGACAAGGGUUACAAGAACCAGUCCUUCUACAGGAAGCACUUCGACACAGAGGAGACCCGGGUGAACAAGCUGUUUGCACAAGCCAAGGCCUGCAAGGUGCGAGUGGAGAAAUGCACAGUGAGCGUGCAGGACAUCCAAGCACACCUGGCGCAGGGCCACGUGGCCAUCGUGUUGGUGAACUCGGGGGUGCUGCACUGUGACCUGUGCUCCAGCCCUGUCAAGUACUGCUGUUUCACUCCCAGCGGCCACCGCUGCUUCUGCCGCACCCCCGACUACCAGGGCCACUUCAUCGUUCUGCGUGGCUACAACAGGGCUACCGGCUGCAUCUUCUACAACAACCCAGCCUAUGCUGACCCAGGAAUGUGCAGCACCAGCAUCAGUAACUUCGAGGAGGCCAGAACCAGCUAUGGCACGGAUGAAGACAUCCUCUUUGUCUACCUGGACAGCUGACAGCAGGAGCCUGACAAGCCAGGUCCUCAGACCCUGUGUCCUACCCCAGCCAGGCCCACUCAGGAUGCUCACACCCAGGGCUGUUGGCACUGGGGCUCCAAAUUGUGGUCUCAGCCUAUUUGUCAAAGCCCUUGGGAACUCUGACUCCUUUGUCCUCCAGUGUCAUCAUGCCACUUCCCUAAACACCUUGUGGUUGCCAGAGACAACCCAAGAGCAUCUAAGAGGAGCAUCUCUCAAGACCCUAAGUCUGACCCUAGCUGUGCCCAGAGGAAGACCUCACGUCUGACUCCAGCUGUGC